CAACUCGAAAAACCGAGUUUUUGUGCAAUUUUGCAAUGCAAAUUGUAAAAAAUUGAUAACCAGUGCAAAUAAUACGAUUACAGUGAACGUAUGGGCAAUUUAUGAAGUUUAUUCACUUGUGCUAAAAGUCAAAGACGUGCUACCUCGCUUGGCUCGCCCCUUUUGUACCACCAAGCACUUGGUAAAUAGUGAUAAUGACUUCGAUUUUUGACCAAUACGAGCAAGCCUCACAGGUAUCACAGCGUGCCAAGCCUGCUUCUGAACCCAUGACUUCUUCUGGCUACAUCAAUAUGCAGCUGGAGGACAACACGCCAAUGUUUUCCAAACAGAAGAUGAAUUUCAACCCCUCCGACUUGAUUACUCACGUAGCGGUCGCGAGCGAUUAUCUGGUCCUCGCCAUGGCAAAUGGAAAGCUCUUUAGAUUGGAUUUGAAGAGCCCAGACCAUAAUGAAGAAAUUCAAUACUCGAGAGUUGUCCAACCAAACUCUAAGUUGACUGGAAUAUUUCUGGACCCUCUCGGCUAUCAUCUCCUCUUAGCCUUUGCAGCUAGGACCAAGGAUGGGAACCCUGAGUUGGUCUAUCUUCAUAGGAAAAGCUCUAAACUGAAGUCAGUCAGUAAGUCCAGAAACUAUGAAGUGACAGAGGUGGGAUGGAACCACGAGAAUGAGUCAACCACCUCAACGGGCCCGAUCCUGCUCGGCACAGCGCAGGGGCUGCUGCUGGAAAUGGAGCUGGAGGCUGAGAGUGACCGCAUGUUUUCAGGCUCACAGCAGUCGUGGAGACAGCUGCCCAACUAUCUUCCUCUAUAUGGAGGCAGGGACAUUGAAGGAUUGAUAUUCGACAUCGGCAAAGGCACCGACACGCCUAUAACAGGCAUACAGUUCCACAGAGUAAACAACACGAGUAAAUACUUCAUCUUCGUCACGACUCCACGGAGGUUGUACCAGUUCAUAGGCCAGGCGGUCUGCACCGACGACAAGCCCUCACUGCAAUCAAUCUUCAACACGUACCUGACUGUCCCUGAGACAGGGUUCCAGGAGAUCCCGUCCACGCUCAAGUACUCGAAGCUACAGUUCUACUUCGACAAGCAUGAUGUGCCGAAAACGUUUGCUUGGCUGACAGAGCCGGGGAUAUUUUAUGGACAGCUGGACCCCACCUCGCAGCAGAACUCCAACUCCCUCUUCACCCAGUCCGAGCUGAUCAACUACCCGCCAGAGAAGAACGACUCGGCCAAAGACAAGACGCCCCUCGCCUUCGUGCUCACAGAGUUCCACGCGCUGCUCAUGUUCUCAGAUCGGGUCAAAGCCGUGUCGCUUCUCAACCAGGAGCUAGUCUAUGAAGACUUCUACUCUGAGGCCCACGGGAAACUAAAGAAUAUCAUCAAAGACCCGAAAAGGAGGACCAUUUGGGCGGUCACAGAUAAAGCGGUGUACAGAUACAAAGUUGUGAGGGAGGAAAGGAAUGUGUGGCGGAUUUAUUCGGAUAAACAACAGUUUGAUUUGGCGAAACAGUUUUGCCAGAAUAAUCCCGCUUUUAUAGACAUCAUCAACGUAAAGCAAGCCGAGCUUUUGUUCACAAGAGGCGAGUUUGAGAAGAGUGCUGAAAUAUACGCAGACACUCUGAGCAGUUUCGAAACCAUUUGCUUGAAGUUUCUAGAAGCGAACGAAACUGAGGCUUUGAAAGUCUAUCUGGGUAAACGACUUGACGCUUUAGAUGAAGAUGAUAAGACGUUAAUACCAAUGCUAGUGAUAUGGAUGACAGAGUUGUUUGUGUCGCAACUGAGUCAUUUGAAGCGGAUUGGUGAGAAUGACACUCAGAAAUUCCACCAAAUACAGAGCGACUUUGAGGUUUUCCUUCUGCAGCCUAAAGUGACGCAAUGCAUGCCGCACGUGAAAAGCGUAAUUUAUGACAUAAUGUCCUCGCACGGAGACAAGAACAAUCUGAUCAAAUUAACAGUUUUGAACGAAGACUAUGAGAAUGUGGUUGCGCAGAAUAUUUACAUGAAGUCGUAUUUGGAGGCGUUGAAUACGUUGCAGACGCUGAAAAAGCCGGAGUUGUUCUAUCAGUUCGCGGCUACACUAAUGGACAAAGCUCCCAAGUACACUGUGAACGCGCUCAUAGCGCAAGGCACGAGGCUUAUUCCUUCUAAAUUGCUGCCGGCUUUCCUGGCGUGCGAGAAUGAUGAAGAACAUGUUUUGGAGAUCAUGAGGUACCUAGAGUUCAUGGUGGACAACUUCAACAUCCAAGACCGCGCCAUCCACAACUACCUGGUGACGCUGUACGCGGAGCAGCAGCCGGACACGCUGCUGAAGUACUUGACCAAGCAGGGCACCGACCCCGCGCUCGUGUGCUAUGACGCGCACUAUGCGUUGAGAAUAUGCCUAGAGAAGGACCUUCUAGAAGCCUCAGUGUCCCUAUCCGCGCUGCUCGGGCAGUGGGAGGCGGGCGUGGGGCGGGCUCUGCGGGACAACCCCGCCGCCGCGCUGAAACUUGCGCGCCGCGCCGACCCCGAGAUCGCGUACACCCUGUAUAAGAACAUAGCGGAGCACGUGAUCAGCAAGAACCAGGACGUGUCGGAGGCGAUGGCGCUGCUGGCCGAGUGUCCGGAGCUCAAGAUAGAGGACAUCCUGCCCUUCUUUAGCGACAUAGUGAACAUUGAUGAUUUCCGGGAGCCUAUCUGCCAGUCGCUGCAGGAAUACAAUAAUCAAAUCGAAGAGCUGAAAGCGGAAAUGGAAGAAGCUACAAAAUCGGCUGAAUAUGUGCGUUCAGAAAUCCAGUUGUUCCGCAACUGCAGCGUCCUAGUCUCCGUGUCAGACUCGUGCUCGCUGUGCGCGCUGGCGCUGCUGCUGCGGCCCUUCUACCUGUUCCCGUGCGCGCACCGCUUCCACGCCGACUGCCUGCGCGCCGAGAUACAGCCCACGCUCGGUCCAGCGCGCCGCAACAAGCUAGCUGACCUCCAACGGCAACUGAACACCUUCACCAACGCAGAACUAUCAGCGGCCACGUCCAACGGGCUGCCACUACGGGAGGUAAUACGCAACGAAAUAGACGACAUCGUGGCCAGCGAGUGUGUGUACUGCGGCGAACACAUGAUACAGUGCAUUGACAAGCCGUUCAUUUCGGAUGAAGACUGGGAUAGGGUUAAGAGGGAGUGGGAGUGAGGUGUUUGUGCUUUUGUCAGUGUGAAGUGAAUAUUGACAAAGUGAUAUGAAAACGGCGGUACUCGUGCUAUCUCGCUCUAACUGUAUCAUUUAUGUUAUUGCCGCAAUUUUCAUAUAAGUCCUUUAUCUGUGCGUGUUACACUGCUAUUAGAAUUCAUAGGAAAAUAUAUUAGAGGAUGAUGAAGUUAUGUAGUAUUCCAAUUUGUAUUGU